AUGGGGAAAGGACUCCUGGGGGAGAGGACUCAUGGGGAGAGGACUCAAGAGGGAGAGGACUCAUGGGGAGAGGACUCAUGGGGGAAGGACUCAAGAGGGAGAGGACUCAUGGGGAGAGGACUCAUGGGGAGAGGACUCAUGGGGGAGAGGACUCAUGGGGGAGAGGACUCAUGGGGAGAGGACUCAUGGGGAGAGGACUCAUGGGGGAGAGGACUCAUGGGGAGAGGACUCAUGGGGAGAGGACUCAUUGGGAGAGGCCUCAUUGGGAGAGGACUCAUGGGGAGAGGACUCAUGGGGAGAGGACUCAUGGGGGGAGGACUCAUGGGGGAGAGGACUCAUGGGGAGAGGACUCAUGGGGAGAGGACUCAUGGGGAGAGGACUCAUGGGGAGAGGACUCAUGGGGGGAGGACUCAUGGGGGGAGGACUCAUGGGGGAGAGGACUCAUGGGGAGAGGACUCAUGGGGAGAGGCCUCAUUGGGAGAGGACUCAUGGGGGAGAGGACUCAUGGGGAGAGGACUCAUGGGGAGAGGACUCAUGAGGAGAGGACUCAUGGGGAAAAGGACUCCUGGGGGAGAGGACUCAUGGGGGAGAGGACUUAUGGGGGAGAGGACUCAUGAGGGAGAGGACUCAUGGGGGAGAGGAAUCAUGAGGAGAGGACUCAUGAGGGAGAGGACUCAUGGGGGAGAGGAAUCAUGA